AUGUCCUUCCAUGACGACAGCUGCUCACCAGAGGAGGUACCGUCCUUCUACGAUGUUGAACCAAACUGGGCCGGGGUCGAAACACCCGAAUUUCAAGCCGCCUUUCUAGGUGUAAACGCACCCUACUGCCCAGAGCCAAUAGGCCCAUCCGCACUCCUGACCCCAGUCAGCCUCCCCGACAGCUCGUUCCGGCCGAGUCCCGCAUUGAGCCAUCACUCGCAAGAAUACGUCCCAGAAUACCAAUAUGUCGGCAAUUCCAUAGCUCCGCAAGGCCUAGGAAUCAGCGCACCAUUCCCCAACGACUUCCCCGUAUCUUCAGCAGCACAUCUAAAUACAUCCUACAUCUAUGCUCCAGAUGAUUAUCAACAACUCGAAUAUGGCCUGCCAACCAAUACAUCCAGCAUGUCGCCGCAAAUGCAACCUCAAGCGCAAAUCCACACGCAAGGAUUGGCACCUAGACGCAGGAGGCGCGCGCCAUCUCAAUCAAGGUCUCACACACCCUCCCGCGAUACACCACUCAAUAUCAUGCCCCACCCACAGGGAAUUGAGCGUAUGGAACGUGAGCGAUUGAACCCCCGGCCCCCACCACAGGUGCACCCCCGACCCCGGGCCCCCGGAAGGGGACGACGGGACCCACAGGCCGAAGAGGAAGAUGCAUUUGUAGAAGAAUUGCGCGAGAAAAAUACGGCGUGGAAGGUUGUUCGGGAAUUGUAUCGAGAAAAAUUCAACAAGGAUGCUUCGGAGCCGCGAUUGCAGAUGCGUCAAAAUCGUCGGCGUGAAAGAAGGAAUGCACGCUGGGAAGAUCACGAUGUCCAGCUUCUUAUCAGGGCUAGUGCGAUGUGGGAGAAGGAGAAGUAUCGGUUUAUUGCGGAUAAGAUGAAAGAACUCAAUGCUUCAAAAGAAUAUACACCCCACCAAUGCAAAGUUCAAUUACGUCUCAUCGAGACGAAUGAUUAUCGUCAAAACAUGGACAUUGCCUCACCUUCAGCAAUGACCGAUCCUCCUCGUUCGCCACCUGUGAUACCAAGAUCAAGAAAGCGAGCGCGUCCUCAAUCAUUGGAACCGGAAUAA